AUUUUAUAAUAUAUUAUAAGCCCGUAAUUCUUUUAUCCUCUAAGAAAUAAUAAUUCCAGGAAAUAAUGACAACGGCCGUACUUGGCGGUGGGAUCAGUGGUCUCUCUGCCGGCUAUUAUUUGUUGCGUCGGUUUGGCAAGCCCGCGACCAUAUAUGAAGCAUCGCCACGCGUUGGUGGCUGGAUACGUACUGAAUGUCACAAGAAUAAAGGAUUUCUCUUUGAGGGCGGGCCCCGCACAAUUCGCCCUCACGGUUUGGCUGGUGCCAAUACUUUGCAGUUAGUAGAAGAAUUAAAGCUGUCAAUAAAGCCCAUAUCUAGAUCGCAUGUUGCUGCCCGUAACCGUAUGCUUUAUGCUAAGGGCAAGGUCUGCUUAUUGCCCAACAGCGCUUUGGGCAUGAUUGGUACCAUUGAACCAUUUACAAAGCCGCUUUACCGAGCAUUGCUCAAUGACUUAGCUACAAAAGUCACUGUGGCUAAAGACGGAGAUGAAUCCAUAUACAGCUUUGCGGAACGUCGUUUUGGUAAAGAAAUUGCCGACUAUGCUAUCAGUCCAAUGAUAUGCGGAAUUUGUGCUGGAGAUGCUCAUGAGAUCAGCGUCCGAUUUCUAAUGGACAGUCUUUUCGAAAAGGAACAAAAGUACGGCGGCGUCCUUAAAGGCUUGUUCUACUCCCGAUUUCAAGAUAAAGAUGAGAAAAACAGCAUAGGUAUUUUUGCCCAAAAACAGCCGUCACUUUACACACAGGCAUGCCGAGAGAAAUGGGCUAUGUAUGGACUAGAAGGCGGACUUGAGCAAUUGCCCCGCGCUUUGCGAAAAUACUUGGCAAAAAAUAACAUAAACGUGCACCUAAAUAGCCGAUGCCAAAAUGUUAGCUUCAAUAAUGAUGGGGCGUAUCUUACUAUGCGACAUGCUGAAUUGCCAGUGGAGCAUGUGAUUAGCUCUUUGCCGGCUUAUCAGUUGGCACUGAUUGUAAAAGCUCAGCAUCCAUCGCUAGCCGCGAAAUUGUUGGAUAUACCUUAUGUAGAUGUGGUAGUGAUUAAUUUGCAAUACAACAACGAUAAGAUGCUUCAGUAUAGUGGCUUCGGUUUGCUUGUGCCUCCAGUUGAAAAGCUGCCAGUACUGGGAAUUAUCUUUGAUAGCUGUUGCUUUGACAUGAGUGGCAGCACCGUUCUGACAGUUAUGAUGGGUGGUCGCUGGUUUAGCAAAUGGUUUAGCAAUCAACCUAGCCAAAACGAGUUACGAGAAAUGGCACAGCGUUAUGUAGCCAAGAUAUUAAACAUUAAUGAGGAGCCCAAAUUUAGCCGCGUGCACACAUUGCCAAAGUGUAUUCCACAGUACACAGUCGGCCACAAACGACGUGUAGAAAAUAUAAGAAAAUACAUUUCCAACUACAAGCUACCAUUGUCAAUCUGUGGUGCUGCGUUUGACGGAGUUGGCAUAAAUGAUGUUAUAUUAUCUGCGCGUAGGCAGAUCGAUUUACUGCCCGUACGGUAAUAGCGAAAAUUUCUAAUGCAAUUUUAUUUCAAUAAUAUA